UGGCCAUGGCAAGACCCUCCGUUUUGAUUCUCCAGGAGAACCAAGUCUAAGGUUGUGCUUGAGCGUGUGUGUGUGUGUGUGUGUGUGUGUGUGUGUGUGUGUCUGUCUGUGUGUCUGUCUAUGUGAGGGGGGGCACUAAUCCAUCUUCUUCCUUUUUGGCUAUACAUCAGCACCAUUUCCCACCUAUUCCUGUGAUUUCGUUGCUGCCUUACAACUUUUCCUGUUCCCUGCAUAUCCUGGAAGUGCUGCCUUUCAGCAGGAGAUGGCUGUCCAGUAUGUCCAAUAUAAAGGGAUAAAGUUUCCUCCUGGAUAUAAUACAGUGGAAAGCCUUUGCUUCGCUGAGAAUGAAUUUCAAGUGCGGGAUGAUGAUAUCUUCAACAUCACCUACCCAAAGUCUGGAACAGUGUGGAUGAUUGAGAUCCUCAGCCUGAUCCUCAAUGGUGGCAACCCAACCUGGAAUCAACAUGUCCUCAAUUCCCUCCGUGCUCCCUGGUUCACUACCCAGCUGGGUCUGGAGACAGCGCAUAACCUUCCAUCCCCACGUCUGCUCACCUGCCACCUUCCCAUUCAGAUCUUUCCCAAAGCCUUCUUCAGCUCCAAAGCCAAGGUGAUAUACACAUUGCGGGACCCCCGGGAUGUGUUAGUUUCCUACUAUCAUUUCUCCAAGAUGUGCACCUGCUUUGAGGAUCCCAAAUCAUUCAAUCACUUCCUGGAGAGUUUCCUGAACGGGGAUGUGUGUUUUGGAUCCUGGUUUGACCACAUCAUGGGUUGGAUGAAGCUGAAAGGCAAAAGCAACAUCUUUUUCAUCAGUUAUGAACAACUGAAGCAGGACCCAUGGGGCAGUGUGGAGAGCCUCAGCCAUUUCAUAGGGAAGGAGCUGGAUGAGGCAGCCAUCACUUCAGUGGUGGAAAACGCCUCCUUUGACGCCAUGAGGAAGAACAGUAUGUGCAAUUCGACAAUGCUUCCCAGGGAGUUUAUGGAUCAAGGGAAGGGGACCUUCCUGAGGAAAGGCAUCUGCGGAGAUUGGAAGACUCAUUUCACUGUAGCAGAGUCUGAGUACUUUGACAAGAUUUACCAGGAGAAGAUGCAGGGCCUGAAAGGAAUCUUCCCUUGGGAGCAAACUGGACUGGAGAGCAACUCAGAAAGAGACCCUUAAUUUCUGAACUAAAAGAUGCUAGAUCUCAUUAUGUCCUGUGAUCAAUCAGGGCCUACCUGGGCGUCCUAUAUAGGCUGCCUUGAAUUCCACGAUGGAGGGUGGGUGGAAAUCAGGAUCUAAAUACAUUUUUUUUUACAAAAAAAAAAAAUGUUAUUAAAGCAAGCAGUGAAAAGAAAGUGAAAUAUGAACACAACACACCCAGAAUGCAGUGUAAACAAGAUCAACCAUUCCUCUGAGGAGAAAAAGGAAAAGG